AUGGACUCACACCCCAUCCCCGGAGAAGUGCCUCACAUGCAGCAUUACCAUCCAAGCUUUGGGGCUAUUCCACCUCAUAUGCACGUUGAUCCAUACAAAUCUGGUUCUGUCCAUGGACAUUGGCCUUCUGUGAACAACUUUGGGUACUCAGCUCAAUGUCAAGCCUGCUGCGGCCAUGGUAACUUCAGUGGUUACUAUAUUCCUAGACCUCCUUGUCCUCAUUUUCCACCAUCUCAAUAUCAGUGCUAUGGAUAUCCUCCGUAUCAUGAAGCUGUACCUGUACAAUAUGUCCCUCCUCCACAUUAUUGGAUGGAGCAUCCAAGUUAUGGUUAUGACAAGGUCGUCUCUAGUAACAAUCGUUGCUGUGGGUGUCCAAGUCAUACCCAUAACCACAAGAGUGAUGAAAGAGUUAAGGUGGAGGAGCUGGAUCCUGAAGUUCAGAAGAAAGAAGCCGACUCUUUGGUUCCAUUUCAGGUGAAAAAUUACCCAUACCCAAUUUUGUGGAUCCCACCAGACAACAUAAAGAAUAAAGAACCUAGAAAGCCUGUGGAAUCAGAAAUGACAAGCAGGGAGAAACUUUCACAUGGUACAGAGGCUCCUAAGAGUGUAAAGGCAUCCGAGCAGGAACCAAGAUGGUGGAAUGGCUGGUUUCCUCUUGACAUGAAAAGCGCUGAACCUCUUAUGCAAGCUGAAGAUCAGAAGAGAACUCAAAAUCACCAGAAUGAGGAGAAAAUGCAACAAUUUCCGUUUCCUAGAUUCUGGCUGCCGCCAUACAACAAACAGUAUGGCACUGCCAAUGAAGAUGAUGCAGAGACAAAUGCAUCUCCAAAACCUGUUGACGAGCUGCCUUCUCCUGUCAAGUUCUUUCCAGUGAAACUCCCUGGCAGCAACGAUGGCUCUAACAAACUUAAAGUGGUCCAAGACCAUUCUAGAGAUCAAGUUGGUUCAGAGACAGAGGGGGAAAGAGUAAUAAAUCAGAAAGGAACUCCUGUUAAACAAUUGGAAAUGCUUGGGGAGAAGGAAGGUGUUAAGCAGAAAAGCAUUCCUGUGGAGCAAAUGGAAGCGUUUGGGGAGAAGGAAAAUUCUGAAGGUAUUGAUAAGAGAGGAAGGACUAUCUCUUUGAUAAAUGCAGAAGGUGACAGGACCAUUAACGCUUCUGGAACCUGUGCAAAAGGACAAUCCUCAUCGCCCCCAAAGACAUCAAAGUUACCUCCUGUUUGUUUAAGAGUUGACCCAUUGCCUAAGAAGAAGAAUGGAAGUUCGGGCUCAAGGUCUCCUAGUCCUCCAGGGUCAAAAAGACAGCCGGGGGAGACAUCGAAGGACCCUACACAAGUUCAAGAUGGUGCUUUAAGUAGCAGCAAGGAGGUAGAAGCAAAUAAAAAAGAGGGGAAAGUAGAGGUGGUGGAAAGGAAUUCUAUCGCAAACAAGGAUAGUGAAACAAGGAAUGGAUCUCAAACUCCCACUCUUAUUAAUUUUACAGAUCCUCAAAAGGAGGUCUUCAGAAGCGCAAAAGCAGAGGAAUCUGAAACACAUGAUGACAAAUACGUCAAUAAAGAGGAUCAAGGAGCAAGAGAUGCUGGAGAUUUGACAGCUGGGAAAGCAACCAAGUCAAAGGAAGUAACAGAUGCUAAAGGAAAAAGGAGAUUAUCAGAUGAAGAAGCAGCCUUGCUUAUACAAUCAGCUUAUCGUGGGUUUGAAGUGAGGAGAUGGGAACCGUUGAAGAAAUUAAAGCAAAUUGCUCAGGUCCGGGUGCAGGUAGCUGAGGUUAAGGAUAAGAUUCAUGCCCUCGAGGCCUCUUCUGACCUCCAGAAAGAUCAUAGGCAAAGAGUAGUCAUUGGAGAAAUGAUAAUGAGCCUUCUCCUGAAAUUGGACGCUAUCCAGGGCUUACAACCAACUCUCAGGGAUAUCAGGAAAUCCUUAGCAAGGGAACUUGUAGCUCUACAGGAGAAGCUUGACUCACUCAUCAUGGAAAGGUGUGAGGAAACUGCUGAACAGAAAACUUCUGAAGACAAUCUCGUUGUUUCCAGCAACACUACGGUAAAGCAAGAUGCUCCAAAAAUAGAGGCAGGAGAACACCCAAGCUAUCUUCUUUCUCAAAUGGAUGCUUUAGGUGACUCUGAGGAUAAAGAAAUUACAAAAUCUCCUAUUCCUGUCAAAGAGGAGCUCAGGAAAUCUGAAGAUGAAGUUAGGGAGGUGGAAAUCAAUGGAGGGGCUCAUGUGGCAGAACGAGAAAACAAGGUUGGCAGUGGAGAGUUCCUAUCUAGUGAAGUUGUAAUGACAGAGAAUGGACAGGGGGUGAUUGUGCCGUCAGCAACAGAACAAACUGUCCUAUUCCAAUCACAGGCGAGUGACAAAGAGGAGAUCAGGAGAACCCUAUCUGAGGAUAUAUGUUGUAGUCCACUGAAUGAGCAACAAUUUGAAGUAACUAAAUUGACCAAUGUGGAAACUAAUCCUGAUGUGAAUCGAAUAGAAGCACCGCUACAUGAAAUAAGUGGUAAGGUGGCUGCCAUUUCUGAUGAGGAGGAAGUACGUGGAACAGCAAUAGUGGCAAUCAAAGAUGGUGAGGAGAUGAAAUCUAAUGCAUCAACGUCAGCUUCAACUGAAAAAACUUCAGAAGUAAAUUUGCUAAAAGAACUUCCAUUAGGGCUGAUUGAUGAAGAAGCACCUGAAAAACGGGAGAAUGAAAUUCCUAGUGGUGGAGAUAACAAAGCAGAUACAGAACCAUCUUCACAAAAUGAGGUGGUUAUGAUCCCAAUUGAGUCGGAGCAACAGUGCAUGGAACUGCACAACGAAGGAGCUUCUGCUGCUGAGUCAGAGGAUUCAGUGAAGGCUGGCCUUGAAAAGGAUAAUAGCCAUGAAAAUGCAAUGGUUGGGGUAUGUAUGCAACAACCAGAAGCAUUAGAGGUCCAUAAUGAUGAGCAGCAGGUGGAAGUACUUGGACCGGAAAAGGAGCUAUUUUCAGAAGAGCAAGAAGAAAGCAAUGAAGAAAAGAACGGUGGAAAUGUCCAAACUGAAGACAGCUACUCUUCCGAAUUAGCAAACAAGGUGAUCUUUUCCCAAGAGAAAGAAGUACUAGCUGAGGAAGAAAAAGACAAUGAUUUUCAGCCAGAGACAGAGACAGAGACAGAUUUUAGAAAUGAAGAAAUGAAGCUAGAAAGGACGCAAUACCAUGAGCUGGGAGUCUUGGGUGAUCAUGACGACAUGGGAGAUCAGGUGGAUGGGUCAGAAACCACCAAGAGUCUGUCUGUGGUUGAACCGCAAUUUUCUCCAUUGGCUGCAGAGCAUGAUGAAGAAAAAAUAGAGGUACCGCCUGCAUCAUCCCCUUUCAUUGCCAGCCAGCUAUCUGCUGAUGAACAGGAGAUGGGAAUGGAAAGUGAUAGAAAGCUGGUUGAGGAGAAUGAGAAAUUGAGAGAAAUGAUGGAGCGAUUAAUUGAGACUGGGAAGGAUCAGUUGACUGUUAUAUCCAAUCUGACACACAGAGUGAAAGAUUUGGAGAAAAAGCUGUCCAAGAAAAAAGCAAGGUCCAGACGGUGGAGGACAGCAACCCCUCCUUCCAAUGCAAGACCCUUAGUCAAGUCCCCAAGGAGAGCUGGUGUUGCGGUAUAA